AUUGUCUAUAAAAACUAACUAAAUUUGAAAAAGCAAUACUCAUUAGUUGCUUAGAAGUGCUACCAAAAGAAUCUAACUUGCGUCAUGGAUUUCAACACUGCCUGUGAGAAAGCCAAAACUUUCAGCAAACGGCCCACCGAUGAAGAAUUCUUGGAAUUCUACGGUCUUUUCAAACAGUCCACAGUUGGUGAUGUGAAUGUUGAAAGGCCGGGCGCAUUGGACUUGAAGGGCAAAGCCAAAUGGGAUGCAUGGAACAAGCACAAGGGUUUGUCUAAGGAGGAAGCACAAAAGGCCUACAUUGCCACCUAUGAGAAAUAUGCACCGAAAUAUGCCUAAAUUGAAAAACUGCAUGAGUGAAUUUUGAUUUUGUUAAAAAAAAAAUUAUAAAAAUAUAAUAAUGGCCAAAAAAGAAAAUUAAACUGAGAUAUAAAAAACCAAUACGAGCAACU